AUGGGCAAUACAUGCCGUGGAUCUUUCAAAGACGUACAAUUUCAGGGCUACGAUCAGCCCGAAGAAUAUUCCAACUCCAAGCACGACCCUACGACUGGCCGCCACAGUUCUGACAGUUACUCACCUACAACCUUCACCUCCCAACACGUAGUUGCUCAAGAAUUCUCCAGAGACAACCAACCAAACGACAAAAAAGACCCCAAUUUACCACUUCUUAGUCCCAAGAAAGAUAGUAGUAUGAAUCGUGGAACUACUAACCAAUCUUAUUUUGUGUUGGGUCACAAGACUGCUAAUCUUCGCGAUCUCUAUACGCUCGGGCGUAAGUUAGGACAAGGUCAAUUUGGUACUACUUAUUUGUGCACUAAGAUUUCCACAGGCAAUGAAUAUGCUUGUAAAUCUAUAUCUAAGAGGAAGUUGAUCUCCAAAGAAGAUGUAGAGGAUGUUAGGAGGGAGAUUCAGAUAAUGCAUCAUCUGGCUGGCCACAAGAAUAUUGUCACCAUCAAAGGGGCAUAUGAGGAUCCUUUGUGUGUUCACAUUGUUAUGGAGCUUUGUGCUGGGGGUGAAUUGUUUGAUCGCAUCAUUCAUAGAGGGCACUACAGUGAGAGAAAGGCAGCUGAAUUGACUAAGAUUAUUGUAGGGGUUGUUGAGGCUUGUCAUUCCCUAGGGGUUAUGCAUAGAGAUCUGAAACCGGAGAAUUUCUUAUUGGUAAACAAGGACGAUGAUUUCUCUCUCAAAGCUAUUGAUUUUGGGCUCUCUGUUUUCUUUAAGCCAGGUCAGAUGUUCACAGAUGUGGUUGGAAGCCCAUAUUAUGUUGCACCUGAAGUACUUUUGAAGCAUUAUGGCCCAGCAGCAGAUGUGUGGACGGCAGGGGUCAUACUCUAUAUAUUAUUAAGUGGCGUGCCACCCUUUUGGGCUGAAACACAACAGGGGAUAUUUGAUGCAGUUCUGAAGGGACACAUUGAUUUUGAUUCUGACCCAUGGCCAUUGAUAUCAGAGAGUGCUAAAGAUCUAAUUCGGAAGAUGUUAUGCAUGAACCCUUCAGAGCGGUUGACUGCUCAUGAAGUAUUAUGUCAUCCUUGGAUUUGUGAAAAUGGUGUUGCUCCAGACAUGGCACUGGAUCCAGCCGUUCUUUCUCGUCUUAAAAAUUUCUCCGCAAUGAAUAAAUUGAAGAAGAUGGCUUUACGGGUAAUAGCUGAAAGCUUGUCAGAAGAGGAGAUUGCUGGGUUGAGAGAGAUGUUUAAAGCCAUGGACACUGAUAAUAGUGGGGCAAUCACAUUUGACGAACUUAAAGCUGGUUUAAGAAAAUAUGGAUCCACCUUAAAGGAUACUGAGAUACGUGAUCUGAUGGAUGCGGCUGAUGUAGACAAUAGUGGAACCAUUGACUAUGGAGAAUUUGUUGCAGCAACAAUUCACCUAAACAAACUAGAACGCGAGGAACACCUUUUGGCAGCAUUCCAAUAUUUUGACAAGGAUGGAAGUGGUUAUAUUACGGUUGAUGAACUCCAGCAAGCUUGUGUAGAACAUGGCAUGACAAAUGUCCCCCUUGAAGAUAUUAUCAAAGAAGUUGAUCAAGAUAAUGAUGGAAGGAUAGAUUAUGGAGAAUUUGUUGCUAUGAUGCAAAAGGGCAAUGGUGGUAUUGGUAGACGAACUAUGCGAAACAGCCUGAAUAUAAGCAUGCGAGAUGCUCCAGGAGCUCUUUAG